UCUAUACGUGUUUCUUUCGUUCCAAACAACCCCUUAUUACCAAACCUUUUCAAUCGUCACCAAAAUACCAACCCCUAACUCUCGCCGGAAAAGUCACUAUGCCGUCAGUUUCGAGCCAAACAGUCUGCGUCACCGGUGCCGGAGGCUUCAUAGCUUCAUGGAUUGUCAAACUUCUUCUGGAAAAAGGCUAUUUUGUCAGAGGAACUGUCAGAAAUCCAGAUGAUCCAAAGAACUCUCAUUUGAGAGAGCUUGAAGGAGCAAAGGAGAGAUUAACUCUAUGCAGAGCUGAUCUUCUUGAUUUCGAGAGUUUACGCGAAGCAAUUAAUGGGUGUGAUGGUGUUUUCCACACUGCUUGCCCUGUUACUGAUAACCCAGAAGAAAUGGUGGAGCCGGCAGUGAAUGGAACAAAGAAUGUGAUAAUUGCAGCAGCCGAAGCCAAGGUUCGGCGCGUGGUGUUCACAUCAUCAAUUGGUGCAGUGACCAUGGAUCCUAAACGGGGACCUGACACCAUUGUCGAUGAGAGCUGCUGGAGUGAUCUUGAGUUUUGCAAGAACACUAAGAAUUGGUAUUGCUAUGGGAAGGCAGUGGGGGAGCAGGCAGCGACGGAUGUUGCGAAGGAGAAAGGGGUGGACCUAGUGGUGGUAAAUCCGGUAUUGGUGCUUGGACCGUUGUUGCAAUCCACCGUCAAUGCUAGCAUUAUUCAUAUUCUCAAGUACCUGAAUGGCUCGACAAAGACUUACGCCAACUUGGUCCAAGCCUACGUGCAUGUCAGGGAUGUGGCACUGGCACACAUACUAGUCUACGAGACUCCUUCCGCCUCCGGCAGGUACCUUUGUGCUGAGAGCGUGCUUCACCGAGGUGAUGUGGUUGAAAUUCUAGCUAAGUUCUUUCCAGAGUAUCCCAUUCCUCUAAAGUGCAAGGAUGAAACAAAGCCAAGGGUCAAACGAUACAAAAUCUCGAAUCAAAAGCUGAAGGACUUGGGUUUGGAAUUCACACCGGUGAAACAAUCCCUGUACGAGACAGUGAAGAACCUGCAAGAGAAGGGUCACCUCCCAGUAGCUCUGCAACACGAUGAAUCUGUUAUUCGUAUUCAGUCUUGAGUGUUAUCUUAUGCUGUUGCUGCCAUGAAGUGAGAGCACUAGUUCAAGCCUUUAAUACAAUAAAAAUUGUAGCCACAGAGAAUACUAAAUCAAGAAUGAGGAUUUCUUUCUGUUUUGUAUCAAUGCCAUGAUCCUGUACUUGAUUAUGUGCUUUCAAGUUUAAUCAUAUAUAUAAAUAUAAUGUAUGGAAGGUUGUGGUGUUUA